AUGGGAACCGCGUUUUGGCCCAGCUACCAGUCGUACUACUUUGAACUGACUGGUGCCACUAGCGCUCAAGCUAUGAACUAUGGAUGUACUUCGGUUGCUAUUGGAACCAGCAUUAUCACAUACAUGCUGAUCGAGAACGUCGGCCGCCGACGACUGUGGUUAUUCGGCGCCACGGGCAUGGCCUGUUCAAACCUAAUCGGUGGUUUCAUGUACAUCCCAUUUGUUAACGGGAAUGCUCAGGUGGCUGGCAAAGUGGCCACGGCCAUGGUGUUCCUGUGGAAUGGCUUCUACGACAUUGGGCCCACCAACAUGGGCUACGCAAUCACCUCUGAAGUACCCUCAAAUCGAAUGAUUGUUCAUGUUGGAAGUCAUUUGACGGGAUUCGCCUUGUCUUAUGCCGUUCCGUACAUGUACAACCCUGAUGCAGGAAACCUUGGUCUCCGAAUGGGUUUCAUUUGGGGAGGUUUCUCUGUCAUUUUCGUCAUCUGGGGCUUCUUCUUCAUCCCAGAUGUCACUGGUCUGAACUUCUAUCAGAUCGAUCAGUUGUUUGAGAGCCGCGCCCCUGUCCGCAAGUUUCACCAGGCAAAGUUUGACUACAACGGUCUUCUCAUCCGAUCAUUCUCCACUAGGACAUCUGAGGAGGCUAAUUAG